GGGGAAGCAGACAGACACACACUUUAGAUAAGGACAAUUAGUCAACAGCGAGACCCAGUAGGGAGAGAAGUUUAAAUCAGAAGGAUUUAAUGAGGUUCCUCUGUGCCUUCCCUGAAGCCAUGUCCUCCAGCAACUCCCGCCCCUCAGCGUGCCUAGCCUGGGUGGCUCUCAUCUUGGCUCUGUUGCUCCAAUUCUCCCUUUCCUCCCAAGCUGGAGACAGGAGACCCUUGCCUGUAGACAGAGCUGCAGGUUUGAAGGAAAAGACCCUGAUUCUACUUGAUGUGAGCACCAAGAACCCAGUCAGGACAGUCAAUGAGAACUUCCUCUCUCUGCAGCUGGAUCCCUCCAUCAUUCAUGAUGGCUGGCUCGAUUUCUUAAGCUCCAAGCGUCUGGUGACCUUGGCCCGGGGACUUUCGCCCGCCUUUCUUCGCUUCGGGGGCAAAAGGACCGACUUUCUGCAGUUCCAGAAUCUGAGGAACCCGGCGAAAAGCCGCGGGGGCCCGGGCCCGGAUUACUAUCUCAAAAACUAUGAGGAUGACAUUGUUCGAAGUGAUGUUGCCUUGGAUAAACAGAAAGGCUGCAAGAUUGCCCAGCACCCUGAUAUAAUGCUGGAGCUUCAAAGAGAGAAGGCAGCCCAGAUGCAUCUGGUUCUUCUAAAGGAGCAAUUCUCCAACACUUACAGUAAUCUCAUAUUAACAGCCAGGUCUCUAGAUAAACUUUAUAACUUUGCCGAUUGCUCUGGACUCCACUUGAUAUUUGCUCUAAAUGCACUGCGACGUAAUCCCAAUAACUCCUGGAACAGUUCUAGUGCUCUGAGUCUAUUGAAGUACAGUGCCAGCAAAAAGUACAACAUUUCUUGGGAACUGGGCAAUGAGCCAAACAACUAUCGGACCAUGCAUGGCCGGGCAGUAAAUGGCAGCCAGUUGGGAAAGGAUUACAUCCAGCUCAAAAGCUUGUUGCAACCCAUCCGGAUUUAUUCCAGAGCCAGCUUAUAUGGCCCUAAUAUUGGGCGGCCCAGGAAGAACGUCAUUGCUCUCUUAGAUGGAUUCAUGAAGGUGGCAGGAAGCACAGUGGAUGCAGUUACCUGGCAACAUUGCUACAUUGAUGGCCGGGUGGUCAAAGUGAUGGACUUCCUGAAAACUCGCCUGUUAGACACACUCUCUGACCAGAUUAGAAAAAUUCAGAAAGUGGUUAACACAUACACUCCAGGAAAGAAGAUUUGGCUUGAAGGUAUGGUGACCACCUCAGCUGGAGGCACAAAUAAUCUAUCGGAUUCCUAUGCUGCAGGAUUCUUAUGGCUGAAUACUUUAGGAAUGCUGGCCAAUCAGGGCAUUGAUGUUGUGAUACGGCACUCAUUUUUUGACCAUGGAUACAAUCAUCUGGUGGAUCAGAAUUUUAACCCAUUACCAGACUAUUGGCUCUCGCUACUUUACAAGCGCUUGAUUGGCCCCAAAGUCUUGGCAGUGCAUGUGGCUGGGCUCCAGCGGAAGCCACGGCCAGGCAGAGUGAUCCGGGACAAACUAAGGAUUUAUGCUCACUGCACAAACCACCACAAUCACAACUACGUUCGAGGUUCCAUUACACUUUUCAUCAUCAACUUGCAUCGAUCAAGAAAGAAAAUCAAACUGGCUGGGACUCUCAGGGACAAGCUGGUGCACCAGUAUCUGCUACAGCCUUAUGGACAGGAGGGCCUGAAGUCCAAGUCAGUGCAGCUGAAUGGCCAGCCCUUAGUGAUGGUGGACGACGGCACCCUUCCAGAAUUGAAGCCCCGCCCCCUGCGGGCCGGCAGGACAUUGGUCAUCCCUCCAGUCACCAUGGGCUUUUACGUGGUCAAGAAUGUCAAUGCUUUGGCCUGCCGCUACCGAUAAACCACUCACAAGCUAGCAGUGGGCCUGCUAGACAGCUUUCUGCUCUUUCUCCCUAAUAGUAUCUUUAUUUUCCAGAACAACCUUUAUUUUUCAAACCAAUCUUUGUUUUUAGCCACCAACCUCUCUUGCCCCAUCCCACAUAGACUAGCUGUCCAAAGAGAAUAAAUAUAGUAUGAGCUUAGCCAAGAUAGGUCACAUCCAUCCCUAAAGAAAAUGUAGACAUUUGUACCUAUAUAAGGAUAAAGGUAUGUUUCAUUUGCAUGCACUAUGAAAAAAGGCUGACAGCACACUCAGGAAAAAUGUUUCCAAGCAACACCCAAUGAUCUAGGUUUCAUAGUGCUAUGAUUAUAAACCCUAAACUUUAGCCUGUUGCUACUUCCCUCAGCAGAUUAGAAAGGAAAAGCCCUGCAAGAACCUAACCCAUUUCUAACUCCUUCUUUGUCUGUUUCCUGCUGCUGUCCUGGGUUUCCUGACACCUCUGUUUCCACAGAGGAGCAAAUAGGUGAGUCAGCUCUGGCCUGCUGGGUGAACUGUUUAUGUAGUUUCCUGAUUGAUGUAUGUGUAUGUGCAUCUGGGUUUCUGACAGUAGCAUCCAUCACUGACUGUUCCUCUGGGAAACGGGUGCUUCAAAAGUAGAAUUACAAUCAUACUCUAGAUUUUGUAAGAUUUUAUUCCUCUGUGAAUCCAGAUCUCCCCAGACUUGGAAUGAGAGUCAGGUAACAGUAUUCACUGAGUAGAAAGCAAUGUAUUAGACACCAUAAAAAGCAAUCAUUAUCUUUCAUGUUGCCAGAACUGAAACAGAGUUGUAAUAUAAAGAAAAAGAGUAAGGGAGCAUCAGAGAGAGACAGACAGAUAGACAGACACAGACACAGACAGACAGAAACAGAGAGACAGAAAAUCAGUAAACUUAAAGCAAAUUAAACCUCCUCCCAAAAUCAGAGAAUAUUAAGUGCUUGAAAAGGUAAACCCUUACGUUUGGCUAACCAAACUCAUUUCAGAGAAGAAAGUGUGACUCAAAAAUCAUUCCUGUAAGACAACCGAAUCCAGCCUUUCCGCCUCUGUGUAGCAGGACUGCUUGGUGGCACUUAUCCAAUACGGCAAAAAUCCAAUAUGGUCAUUAAAGAUGACCAGGUACAAUCCUACUUUUUCUCCCAAUCCUACUUAUUUGAGCAUAGAAUCAGGGAGAAAGUGGAGUUCACGAUGAGGACCUUUAUGAUUCUAGAGAUAUUUAGGUCCUUUCAAACAAGCUGCCUGCAAUAACUUUCUUGUCUGUGGGUAUGAUUGUCCUUCUUAGAAUAAAUUACAUGAGUGAUGCUUUUUUUAAAGGAGAAUAUACUUGAUUCAACUAAAGUUUCCAGUUAGCACAGUGUUCCACCUCUGCUGCUGUGAAGUGACAGAAACAGGGUGGGAGUAAAGGUGCUGAGGGCUGCACCGAGGAGGCGCCUAAGAGGCCUGAGGAGGAAGAACUCAGUUAGGUCUGCAACGUGGCAGACAGGGGAAGAUGAGACACGGGAGGCAGUGUAAGGUUCCUGGCAUGGGGAACUGGGAAUGUGGAAUAGAGACGUCAACUAGCUAAUUUUAUCUUUAAGGUAGUGGAUUUAAUUUCUGACAUAGUUAUCACAUACAGGAGAAGGCACACACAGGAAGUAUACUAGAGUGAGCAAAAGAUAAUUGAGGUUGUACUUGACCUGGUCAGUGGCUGUGCUCAUCUUGGAAGCAUCUGGAGAGAGAAGAGCAGACCCUGAGACUGCCCCUAACUGUGCAAGGCUCCUCAGGGGAGCCUCUUUCUCAGGAACCGGGGCCUUAUGUCAAAGUUUCAAUUCUGAGAGAGCAAGAAAGAAAAGUACCAAAACUGGGGUAGAAAGGAGGAAAGAAGGAACAGAUGGAUAGGCCAAAAUAAGUGGGGAAAAGAGAAAUAUGUGUAAAAGAUUAUUUUCCCAACCUGCAGAUAUCAAAAUCUCUUCUGGAUUCCAGCACAGAUUUAGCUUCAAGACAAGGUAACCAGAGGUCCUUAGUGGCCCAGUCAUGGACUAGUUUGCUUUGCACACACAGAAGCCCUUGAUGGAAUUAACAUCAUCAUCCUCAUUUUCCAUAUGAAGCAUGGAGAGGAACUUUAGCUUGCCCGUAGUCAUCCACGGGAGUGAGUGUAGACUGAGGAAUAAUCUGGAGCCUGCAUAGUCAUCAAACUCAGUAGUCACCCAAGUCUUGGACUCACCUCCUUCAUCUGCUGUUAGGUUCUGCUCAUGCAGUACUGCUAGGACUUCCAGACUCCACUCAGACACCCUUUAUGUAAAUAAGUAUUGAUUCUUUAUUAAUCAUUGCAGAAUAUAGGUAAUUCUUGCUUCUAUUGUCUUGUUCUAUGUAUUAAAUCUUGCACCCAAGAAUAAGUUUUGCUUAUUUUUUAGUUAAUAAAAGGGGAAGAAGAAGCACUGAAAUUUACCUUAUCUUUGGAGUCUUGCCAUUCUAACUUUCCAGCUAUCUCAUGGAAGAAGUAUUUGCAUUGUUCAAAGAACACCAAAAAGCUCAGUAUGACAUCUCAUUCCCUGUGGAUUUUAGCACAGGACACCUGUCCUGUCAUCCUUCAUGGGAAGAAAGUUGAGUAAAUGGGAAGAGUAGUUACUAAAACAGUGGGGGUUCUUUAUGGGGAUUCCCCUGUCACAUGCAUCCCAAAGACAUCCUGUAACAGACACGGCAUCACAGCAUGUAUUAAGGGGAGCAGUGUGGUAAUCCAGCCUGAGAUAAAAGAGCAAAGAGCUCAUUCACCAGCAUCUCCACUUGAGAGUUUCCUUCCUCAAGCAAGACGUGGCAGGUCAAGAACAUAUGAGACUUAAGGGCUGAGCUGUGGAAAUGCCUUUUGAAAGGAUAAUGAUACUGUGCCUUUUGUUGAGGUUUUCUGUUACUCCUGCCUUUAGAAAUUAUUCUCUUGCUCAUUUCUUGUCAUAAAGGCUCAGAAUAAAUUCUCAGUUUUACUAAAAAAAAAAAAAAAAGGUCUCCCAUUCUUCUGGUGCCUUGAGAAAAUCUGCAACUAUGAUACAUGAGCAUUAUCUCUGGCUAGAGAAAAAUGUGCGAAUACCAGAGCUGUGCUACUGUGAGACUGAGAUCUAGGACUCACAGCACAACUCCUGCAGCCUCAACUCCAUGCAGGCAUUUUGUGCAGUCCCAAUGCAGGUGAACCCAGAAAUCCACACGCUCAAGCAGGAGAGAGACACUGUAUGGAUACUUUCUGGGAGUCCCCCACCCAUUCCCAGCACUCAGCCAAGCUAUUAAUCACCAGAACACAGCAUGACUGGGUUCAGAUUGGGCAUCUACAAGUAGGCUAACAUGCACUCAAGGCCUCCUUUUGCGAAUGGGUGUACCUGCAGGAUUCACUUCCAAAAUCCAGUGAGAGUGCCUUUAUUUCUGAAAACAAAAGGCCAAUGUUUAAUCUCUGUAGAAACAAAGGUGACCAGAUAUAUCCCUCUGUGGUUAAAAACAUUGGGACAGGGAAGGGCUGUUGGGAGCCGCGUCUGUGAUAGCUCGCCUUGCGCGGCGGACGUGCGGCCUGUGGUAAAGAGCAAAGCCUGAGGUAGAUUACCCCUCCCAUCGAAUAUGUUAGUUUCCUGCUUACCGCGUAAACAACCCGCUCAACAAUAUAGUCUGCCUGGCAACUGAUGAUGUUAGCCAAUCAGCUUGCCUUGCUUACUUUAACAUGAUUGGACACUGUACCCGUAUAUAUACCGGUGCCACCCCUGGGCGGAAGAAGAAGCCAGGUAGAAGCCCAGAAGUAAAAGCCCAAAAGGAGCCGCGGAGAGCGGACCGGUAGAGGCUUUGGGGCAGACUGAAGCACAAAAGGAGCCGCGGGGAGCGGACCAGAGGAGGCUUCAGCUGGGAGAACCCAGGGCAGGCUGUACGGAGAAGGAAAAUAAAAAGAAAAGGUUGUCCACUA